AUAUAAACCAUGUGCUAUUCAUAGUAUUGAACCCCUAGAUAAACACUACUCGUGAGCAACUGCACUGCUCAUACACCCACUAUCAAAAUGACAUCCAACACCAUUCCCAAUGAAGCCUUCUUCGUGAACAUCCUGAACCGAGCCAAGUCCACCCCCUGGCCCAUCAUCAACGAUACCACUUUGGGCAUCAACGUGGGCUACACUCAGCUGCUCACGGAUGUCCUGAGUACUCGGGACGCUUUGCGAGAAAGUAUCCCGGACUCUUUGUUUGAUGAACAGGGUCUGUUGCUUGAGAGUAGAUCGUACAUUGGGCUGCAUACUACGCCGAAUUACGAGUUUUAUGUUGCGGCCUUGGCCAUUUUGGCGCUGGGGGGAGCUAUAAUAGCACCUUUGCGCCCCGAAUUCGACCCGGAAAGCAUAUCACGCAUGCUGCAGAAAUUCCAGGCAAGUGCCGUCGUGCUCGGAGCGCAACAACUCCCGCUCACAGCUGGGAUCAAAGCGUCGGCAGCGAGCCGGGACCAUGCCCUCGGGAUCGUCCCAGUGAAAAUCAAGCAGCCAGCCCCGGCUGACCUGGCAGCCCUCAACCUAUCCAUCAAGGAAGACCAAGUCAUCCCGGAGCACCGGCCCAGUCUGCUCGUCCACACCAGCGGCACCGCCACUUCACCGAAAAGCGUGGUCCAGACGCGCCGCCUCAUCAACCUGAAGUUCCCUCCCACUUCUCCAAAUGACCGUCUCUUGGUCUACGAGACCAUGAACUGGAUCAGCGCCCACGUCAAUCUCCUGGUUCGCAUCGUGACCGCGUCUCAGUGUGACAUCCUCCCUACGUACCCAGGGCCGGCUGUUAUCUGGGAGCAUCUACGGCAAAACAGGAUAACCAGCUUUGCUGGAGUUGCGCAUACCUGGGGUGAGAUGGGGAAAUACUUUUUGGAGCAUCUUGAUAAGCUUCCGGCUGGGGAGAGGGAGGAGUAUGUAAGGGGUGCUCAAGCAAUUCAACGACCUUUUCUUGCGAGUGCUUCACCGCCGGCAUGGUUGCUUCCUUUUUGGAAGAAGACUUUUGAUCGUGAUAUUCAGAUCGGUUAUGUGGCUACAGAGCUGGGUGUGAUAUCUAUGUUGACUACACCUGGCACUGAUCAUAUCAAGCGCUGCCUUGGGAAACCUCUUCCGGGCAUUACAGUAAAACUCGCCAAUGGAGAUCACGGUGAGAUCCGUAUCAAGACACCGUAUAUCUUCUCUCACUACCUGGACAACCCCGCCGCCACUAAGGCCGCUUUCGACGAAGAAGGCUUUUUCAAAACCGGCGACGCAGCCCAUCGAGAAGGUGACCAAUAUGUAUUUGACGGCCGAUUGGGCACUGAUUUUCUCGAACUCGACACUGGCAUGGUCUCCAUGGUAAACCUAGACUUGCAACUAGUCUCAAAGCCAUACCUCUCCGAAGCGUACGGUAUCCCUCUCGAGGGUGCCAGUAAACUAGGCAUGUUGGUCCGGUUCAACAAAUCCAGCGACAAAACGGAGGAUGCGCUCUCGGAGCGUCUACGGACAGAUGUCGCUGCUAUCAUCGCGCCGCAUACGGCUCCGACUGUGAUCCGGGUGUUGAGGGAUGGCGAGACUGCUCCGAAGACGUCUAAUAGGAAGAUUUGGAGGAGGAAGGUGAAUCAUCCGUUCUUCUCUGAAGGUAGUUAGAUUGUCUACUUUGGGGAGUUAAAUUGGUGUGCAAAUGGAUAUAUGAGUACUUGAAUUUAGUUUCAUACAAUACCAAUCGAUGUGCCUUACAUCUAGCAAGAGCUCAGCAGGUUUGAUAGAACGAAAGCC